AUGGCAACUCACAGCAGCAAGUCCGAGCCCACACAACUUCAUGGCACAACCCUUGUACCUCUACCAAGGGUCGCUAUCAAGUUCUGUGUGCAAUGCAAGUGGAAUCUCAGAGCCGCAUAUUAUGCACAAGAACUCCUCUCCACAUUCUCCCUCUCCCUCGGCGAAGUCGCCUUGAUCCCCUCUACGUCGGGUACUUUCGUCGUCAACCUUUUCUUAGCACAACAACCACCACAGCUACCCGGGACGGAAGAACUGGGUUUAGAGAAGGGAGGGGCAGCCGUGGCGGUUCAAGAACACGUUCUCUGGGAUCGGAAGAUCGAUGGAGGGUUUCCCGAGACUAAGGAGUUGAAGAGGAGGGUUAGGGAUUUGGUGGAGCCGGGGAGGGGGUUGGGACAUGUGGAUCGGGAUUAUAGCAGGGUUGGAGCAGAGAAGGCGAAGGGUGAGGGGGAGGCGGUGGGGGAGGAUAGGAAGGUGGGGAAUCGCGAGAGUGUUGAGACGGAGAAGAAGGGUGAAAGGGGCGGAGAGGGUGGUGGGGAUAGGAAUGGAACAGGUACCAGUACUAAGCUAGGAGAUGAUGCCAAAUACGAGAAGGGAGAUAGUACUGGUAACGACAAAGGUGCCGGUGAGGGGGAGAAAUGUGCAGAUUGUUUGUAA